AUGUAUCGAAGUUAUCUAUCAUCUGCAGUUCUAUGCGUUCUUGCCGCACGUUUGGCCUCUGGUUCAGACAACGAGUUCCUCCGCGAGAAAGUUGUCAGCAUAUUGCAGGAGAAGCUUACUCAAGACCCAAAAAAUUUCACUCCCAGUAUAUAUGAGUUCACUGGAUCAUAUUACAAUGGUACCACAACCCUUGAAUAUAAUUAUGAGGCCUUGCCGGAGUGUGAGAAUUAUAGCAAAAACGGCACCAUCACUAGUACUUUUCAGAGUAUCUUCUCCGUGGGACCAUCUGUAGAUAAUACCACGAGCAGCAAGAGCCCUGUCAACAUGCUUUGGGUUAUGUGGGACGAGGACUUUGACAUCGCAGACCACUGGCAGGGCUUUUCCGCCGUAAAUGCCACUAUGUGGGGGACCCCUCAAAGCGAACAUGCAGCUCUAAAAUGGCUUCUGCCGUCGUUUUCAGUCAACCAAGAUGAUUGGAUAAUAGCAGACAAACUCCCAGAUGAGAAUUUUCCCCUUUCCAUCAUUGAUACAGAUGGCGACCACUACAAAGUCGAGGGCAAUUUGACCUCUGAGCAGUGGGUCGGGAUAUCUCCAAUUGCUACUGGUCCCUCGAAAAUAGGCUUCUUCAAAGCUCCCGCCUGCAACGGAUCUGAAACCAUUUCAGCUUACGUGGACGUCUCGAUGUUCUUGCAAGUGCAAGAUGUCACCCAUGUUGCGCCACGGGUCGAGUUUGAAUUCGACAGUGAGAGUGCAAACGCCACUUUCAGCUACAAUAAGUUACAGGCCAUUGGAUAUUCCAUGCAGUAUGGAUAUCCUCUUUCUCUGGAUACAGAUGGGAAUACCACCAUUCCAGGCACUCUAAAGUUGGGAAUGUCUGCAUCAAUCGAUCCCUGGCAUUCGGAUAUCUUGAUUGGUGACAAUGAUACACCAUCAUGGAAAGCUACAGUUGGCUACAAUGAAAGCUACUAUGCGUACCCUGUCGAUAAUAAGAGUAGUGCCACUUUACACUCAUCAUCGGGUAUGAUGGCUGCUCUAUGGGUGGCCGUGAUGUCCACGGUCUUUAUGUUGUCUUAA